AUGGAAGGCGUGAUGACCCCUCAUAAUGAUGCCCCGAUAAUAUCUUUACUUGUGCAUGAUACUAACGUGAAACGAGUUUUGAUUGAUCCAGGAAGUUCUGCAAAUAUCAUUCUCCUAAGAGUGUUACGCGAGAUGCAAGUAGAAGACAAAAUGAUUCCAAAAGCCCACACCUUGAGAGGAUUUGAUAAUUCAAAUGUAGUAACUAAAAGUGAGGUAACACCAACAACUUUUGCAGAAGGUGUCACGAAGGAAACUAAAUUUCAGGUGGUAGAAAUGGAAAUGGCAUAUAAUAUAAUUAUGGGUAGACCAUGGAUUCAUGAUAUGGAUGUUGUUCCAUCUACCUUACAUCAAGCUAUGAAGUUCCCAUCACCAUAG